CUUUUGUUGGCCAAAUUUUUAUGUUUACAAUUAGUGCCAUGCAGAAUGUCCUCUUUGAGAAAAAAUGAUGAUAGGGGUGUCAUUAGAUGUUUUGAAGUAACAGAUCCCCAAAGACAUCCUAAAGGUCACACUGUAUAUAAAGUAAUUUGUAAGAUCAUCGGAACAACUAACGUAGAUUCUGCUGUUGAACAGACAGUAAACUGGAAACGUUACAAUGAUUUUAAGAAGUUAUACAAAGCCAUGCUUACUCGCCACCGAGCUUUACAUCAAAAGGAACAAUUUCCCCCUUUUGCUAGAGGCAAAGUCUUUGGCCGUUACGAAAAAGAAGUAAUCGAAGAGAGGCAACAAUCUGCUCAAGAUUUGUUGAAUUUUAUAAGUUGCAGAUCAUACUUAGUCAAUAACUCCGCAUUCCAACGAUUCUUAAUGGGAAGUAGGAAAUUAAAUUCGUUUGACGUUCUUCACCCGCAAAUCAAAGAUACUACGAGUAUGACGGAUUGUAAUUUAUCGGAUACAUCCUCCCUUGUUGGUGCAAGUACAGAUUCCUUUCCAAUUGAUAAUAAAUUUGAUAUUGGCUCUUCGGAUGAUGACCAAACCGAUUUUACCGACGAGUCAACGAUAUCAACUCCGCAAGCCGAUAUCGACAUGGCUUUUUUCGAUCCUCUAUCCAAGGGAAAUGAUACAGAUGAGCAAAUAACUUUCGAAGCUAGUGGUAGUUUAUCGGAUGCCUGCACGAAUGGGGAUUCGCAAGAAAACGAAAAUAGUUUAACAGUUACUAAAAUUACGAAAGUUCCAUCAUAUCCUCAACUUUCUCCGCCCUUUUUUGAUCAAAUGGGCAAUUCAUCAAGAAGCGCCUCAUCGUCACCAUCAAGAAGUUCAACUUUGACAAAGAUAUCUUCCCUAAUAUCGUUAGACGUAAGAGAUAGAGGAGAAUAUAUCUACGAAGCCGCUAAGCAAAUAACGUUUGCUCAAGAAAGUGAAUCGAAUGGUAAUUUUGUAAACGCUUUUCAUUUCUAUAAAAGCGGUGUUGAGAUUUUACUUCGAGGGGUUCAAGAGGAUGACGACGAUACCCGAGUACAAGUUGUUAGAAGAAAAACUGCUAGAUAUUUAAAACGGGCAGAAGAAAUUCACACACGAUAUGUAUCCGAGUCCAUUACAAAAGAUUCAGAAAAGCAAAAACCUGAUAUACAAUUUGAUGAUAAUACCUCUUGUCAGAUGGAUAGGAGUGUUUCAUUCCUAAAGGGUGAUAUUGAUGAAUUGCACAAAUUUCGUGUAUUAAGAGUACUAUACAGAUCUGUUAUGCUAGUUAUAGAUAAUAAUACUACAUAUAUUAUUAAAGUGCUUAGAAAGUCGGCCUGCUCAUCUAAUAUGAAAACAAUUGCGCCUACUCAUUGCCCAUUUAUGGUUCAGUUGUACAAAUUUUACGAGACUGAUAGUGCAAUAUUUUUACUGUUGCAACAUGCCUCUGGAGGUCGCCUUUGGAAAUACGUUUCUGAUAUCUUCCAAAACAGAAAUUAUGGUCCAAAUGAAAAUUCUGUGUCUACCCCUGAUGCAUCGCAAGUUCCUUUCAAUUUUGGAUUUCACGAUUCUAUAAGUUCAGUUGAUAAGUUUUAUAGUCUUAUGCAUUCUUCAUUAAUCGACGAAGAUUCCACAUACGUUCCUGAAAGUAAAGUAGAAGGUCGCUCUCCACCAAACUCUACUCAAGAAGUUAUCGAAUCGUCAAAAGAAUUGAUAAAUUCUGUAGAUACAUAUUUAAAAAAUGAUAAAACUGAUAUCGAUAAUUGUAAUGAUAAUUAUCAACGAGAAGAUGAAGAUUCACCAUGUGAAGAUAGCAUCUACGAUUUAUAUAAAGCAGAGGAUAAAUUUGAUGAAGUAUUUGAUACUCAUUCAGAUAAGAAGGACAAUCAAACCUCAACAAUCAGACGAAAUAGUGGCAACGACUGUUCGAAAUCGAAAAGAACACGACACCUAUCAGCUGUCUUCGCAGAACUUGAUUUAGCGGACGAAAAAGGGUUCGAAAGUCGCAAAAAAUUGCCUGAGGGCUGUAUACGACAAUGGGCAGCAGAGCUAGUUGUCGCUCUUUCAACUCUACACUCUUAUGGGGUUAUUUGCAAGUAAAAAAAAAUAAUUAAUAAGUUCUUUUAUUAUAACAUUGUUUUAAUACGUUGAAUUUAUUUUCCCUUUCUAAACAAACUCAACAGAGAUUUGAGACCUAGUAAUAUACUAUUAGGUAAUAGAGGUCAUAUAUUAUUAACCUACUUUGGACAAUGGAAUUGCGUCGAUCAACCAAUAAAUAAUUACGCUCGUCAAAAUCUUUAUACUGCCCCAGGUAUUUAUCCAGCCUUUUUCCGUUCUAUUCUUAACACUUUCCCAUUUUCCUUCAGAAGUAGGAAGGAUAUACGAACCGAAUGCUUCCUGUGACUGGUGGAGUCUUGGCGUCUUGCUAUUCGAACUAAUAACAGGAAAUAGCUUAGCUUUCUGCCACCCAGCUGGUUUUACCUCUCACAGUGAUUUGACUUUCCCCGAUGACGCGUCUUUACAAGCCAAAUCUCUAGUCAAACAAUUGAUUUGUUUCGAUCCGAGAGAACGAUUAGACGAAGAGGAAAUCAAACAACAUCCUUUUUUCUUAUCAGUGGAUUGGACUUCUUUAGAACGUUAACGUAUUGAAAAUUUUAAAAUAUAACAAUAAUAAAAACAACAAUGAAAGACUGAAAAGAUAGAAAGAAAGACAAAAGAAGAUGAAGAAUAGAGAGAAAAGUAAGAAAAGGAAAAGAAAAAACUGCUAGCAGAGACGACUUCUUAUAUUUUUUUUUCUUCUUCUAUUUACUUUUGUACGCCAAAAAAAAACUUAAAUAUAAAGGAAGGUUACAAAUAGAUCUACUUUAAAAAAGAUAACAUAAAGAGUGAAGAUGACUCCGUAUGCGU